AAUACAACAGAAAGAAAGAGGAGACACAAGAGGAAGGACUCAAAUAAUAAGACUGGGAAAAAAAAAAAAAAGAGUCAACAGAGGGAGGGAAGACAAGUCCUGCCAAGACAGAACAAAAUCUAAAGACAGAGGAUGCUGCAGCUGAGCGCCUGUGCCUGACUUCUGAGGAGUUUUGGCUCGGACAUGAGAUGCACCAUCCUGUUCUGGUGUUUGAGGCUGAGCAUCUUUAGUUUGUGUGUGCGUGUGUGAGAGUGUGUGUGUGUGUGUGAAGCCAUGGCGAGUGCUCAGCCCGGGGUCCAUGCAUUGAAACUCCAGCCUCCAUCCGUUUCUCAAACACUGAGGAACGGAAGCAACUUCAUUAAAUGGGACGAGGAUCUGUCUACAGUGAGUCCAGUGACUCUGUAUGUGGAUUCACAUGGACUGUACCUCUACUGGACUGACCAAAAUAAGGAGACAGAGUUGUUAGACCUGACCCUCGUAAAAGAUGUCAGAACAGGAAGGAGCAGCAAAACACCUAAGGAGGCCAAGCUGCGGGAGCUGCUAGAUGUGGGGAACCUGGUUGGUCGGCUGGAAAACCGCAUGGUUACCGUGGUUACUGCUUCAGAUCUUGUCAAUGUCAACCAGCUCAACUUCAUUGCUACACAGGAGGAAGAAGCAAAGGUGUGGUGUGAAGAAGUGUUUUCUUUGUCUUCCAACCUUCUGAGCCACAAUCUCAACAGAGACCACAGUUUGCUGAAAGCGUAUGUUAAAUUAACCCUCCAACCGAAUGCAGAGGGGAGAAUUCCUGUCAAAAACAUUGUUCGCCUGUUUUCAUCAGACAGGAAGAGAGUAGAGAAUGCCUUGGAGAACUGCAAACUGCCUUACGGACGGGGCGACAGUAUUAAACUGGAAGAUUUUACAUAUGAAGUUUACAGGAGCUUCUUGGACAGUUUGUGUCCUAGACCUGAGCUCAGCAGCAUCUUUAAACUGCAAGGAGGGGAUGAUGGGACGCUGUCAGUCGAUCAGAUGACAGAGUUCAUUAAUAAUAAGCAGAGAGACCCGAGGCUGAAUGAAAUCCUCUACCCGCCUCUCCGUUCUGCACAGACACACACUCUGAUGGAGCGCUACCAGCACGACCAGGCACAGCUGAAACAAGGUGUCAUCUCACUCCAGGCAUUCUCCAGUUAUCUCUCCAGUGAUGAGAACGGAGUGAUCCCACCUGACAAACUAGAUCAGUCUGAGGACAUGAGCUUCCCCCUGUCACACUACUUCAUCAACUCAUCACACAAUACAUACCUGACAGCGGGCCAGCUGGCGGGGAGCUCCUCAGUUGAGAUGUACAGGCAGGUUCUUCUGGCUGGAUGUCGCUGUGUGGAGUUGGAUGUGUGGAAAGGAAGGACAGCAGAAGAGGAGCCUGUUAUCACCCAUGGAUUCACCAUGACGUCUGAAAUCUCAUUUAAGGAAGUGAUUGAAGCCAUCGCAGAGUGCGCCUUCAAGACCUCGCCUUUCCCUGUCAUACUGUCCUUUGAAAACCACGUCGACUCAUUGAAGCAGCAGGCUAAAAUGGCAGAAUAUUGCCGAUCUAUCUUUGGAGAAGCGCUGUUGAUCGACCCUCUGGACAAAUAUCCCCUGGAGUCAGGUGUCCCCCUCCCCAGUCCCCAGGAGCUGAUGGGCAAAAUCCUCAUCAAGAACAAAAAAUCCCACAAACCUUCCAAUAACACUGACAACAAGAGACUGACAGACCAACCUGCCAAUCAGAGCAACGAGCCACUGUCUCCUAGCAACAACACUGGUGAGAUGGAUGCUGAGAGUGAGGAAGACGAUGAUGACGAAGAUGAUGAUGGUAAAAAGGGCUCAGCAGAGCGAGAGGCGGUGGCUACAGAGGAAAUGUCUACUCUGGUAAACUAUGUCCAGCCCACCAAAUUCAACUCCUUCGAAGCCUCCAAGAAGGCAGCCCGCUGUUACCACAUGUCAUCUUUCGUGGAGACCAAAGCUUUGGAGCACCUUACAAAGUCACCAGUGGAGUUUGUAGAAUAUAAUAAAUCCCAGUUGAGUCGUAUUUACCCAAAAGGAACCAGAGUGGACUCGUCUAAUUUCAUGCCUCAACUCUUCUGGAACGCUGGAUGUCAGCUGGUGGCUCUCAACUACCAAACUAUAGAUUUCUCCAUGCAGCUGAAUCUCUUCAUGUUUGAGUACAACGGUCGGAGCGGCUACAGACUGAAGCCUGAGUUCAUGAGACGGCCAGACAAACACUUUGACCCCUUCACAGAAAACACAGUGGACGGCAUUGUAGCUAACACCCUCUCUGUUAAGGUGAUCUCUGGCCAGUUUCUGACUGAGAGGCGGGUGGGGGUGUAUGUGGAGGUGGAGAUGUUUGGCCUUCCAGUUGAUACCAGGAGGAAAGCUCUGAAGACCAAAACAUCUCAGAACAACAACGCCAUCAACCCAGUGUGGGAUGAAGAACCGAUUGUCUUCAAAAAGGUGAUUCUUCCCACUCUGGCCUCUUUACGAAUCGCUGCUUUUGAGGAAGGAGGGAAGUUUAUUGGACAUAGGAUUAUUCCGGUGUCUGCCAUAAGACCAGGUUAUCGUUACAUCGGCCUGAGGAAUGAAAAAAACCAGCCUCUGGUUCUACCAGCUGUGUUCGUCUAUAUCGAGGUCAAAGACUAUGUCCCAGACACUUUUGCAGAUGUGAUAGAGGCUCUGUCCAACCCUAUUCGAUACGUCAACCUCCUGGAGCAGAGGUCUAAACAGCUGGCGGCUCUGACGUUAGAGGAUGGAGAGGAGGACACGCAGACUGAGGAUGAGAUAGACAGCUGUGCAGAGCGUAAGAAUGAUCAGAGGUCAGCUCCAUUGGAAAACGGUCUGAGCCCCACAUCAGGUCCCUCAGGCCACACUCCCAUCGCUACAACUCCAAAAGCUUCAGCGGCCAAUCAGCAGGCAGCUUCGACAGAUGCAGCUAAGUCAGCGCCAAAGAGUGAAGAUCUGGUUUUAAGUGUUUUAAUCGAUGUCCCAGGGUACACCAUAGAGAGUCUGCAGCAGUCCAAGGUCUACCAGAAGGAGCAGAGACGUCAGUUUAAAGAGCUGAAGGACCUAGUGAGGAGACACCAGAAGAAAACCUCAGAGCUCCUCCGAGAGUUCAACAACAAGUACAAGAAGAUGGCAAGACAGUGCAGCAAAAGCAGAAACUCAUGUUCGGACAGCGAGAAAGACGAGCGCCUCCAGCAGCUGAGAGAUGAGCAGCAGCAGCAGCUUCUGACUCUGAGGCAGGAACAGUACUACAGUCAGAAAUACCUACAGAGAGAACAUAUUAAAAUGCUGACAGAACGGCUGAGUAACCUGGCUGAGGAGAGUCACAACACUCAAAUGAAGAAACUCAAAGACAUCUGUGACAAGGAGAAGAAAGAAUUGAAGAGACAGAUGGAUCGAAGAAGAACCGAGAAGAUCAAUCAAGCGAAGACCAAAGAGAAACAUCUGGCUGAGGAGGAGAAGAUUGAGAUCAAUAAGUCUUAUGUCAAUGAGGUAGUCCAGAACAUAAAACGGCUUGAGGAGACGCAGGCAAAGCGCCACGAUCAGCUUGUUGACCAGUACAAUGAGCUCCUGCAGGAGAUACAGGACCAGAAACCCAGGCUGCAGGCGGCUGUGGAGGCUGAGUUUCAGGAGAAGUUCCAGUGUUUGCCUGGAGAGAUCCGGGACUUCCUGCAGGACAGGAAGUCAGUGGUUAGAGAUCAGAGCAAAUCCCGACCAUCGACGCCUCAUGAAACUCUGUCAGAGGAGGACUGAGGAGAAAGAUGUGGAGAGGAAAAACAGGAAGAAAUGAUGGAUUUUACCGGAAGUAGAUACUGGAGAAAAUUAACAGAAGGAAGAAUCUAUUUAUUGAUGACUGGUUAUGGAUAGAAUACGUCAAAAAUUUGAAGACUGUUACAUUUCUUUUUAAUGGAAGAAUGCUUUAAUGAUUUAUUUUUCAAUUCCAUUUGAGCAUGCACUUUGCUGUACUUCAGUGUUUAAUCAUACACCAUUUUAGUCUUAUUUUCUGUCACUGUUUUACAGAUGACUAAAACCCAACCCUUCUGCAUGAUUGAUCUAUCUAUCUAUCUAUCUAUCUAUCUAUCUAUCUAUCUAUCUAUCUAUCUAUCUAUCUAUCUAUCUAUCUAUCUAUCUAUCUAUCUAUCUAUCUAUCUAUCUAUCUAUCUAUCUAUCUAUCUAUCUCAGUUCAAAGGUCAGUAGAUACAACUUGGAACAGAUUAGCAUUCCAGCCAAACUGUUUGUUUUUUUUGCAAAGACUAACCUUUUCUAAGCAGCCAUUUUAACCUUUAUCGAGUCAUCCAUCGUGGGGUGCAUGACAUCUUGUUAUCUUCUCUGCACUCAGUUCAAUAAACUCAGAAUCAAUAACCGCCAUGUUAAUUAAGCUUACAGACAACAGGACCACUACUGGCACUGUAGCUGUGCAAGCACCCAGAGGGGUUUAGUUUAUCUGCUGUAUAAUUUGAUCUUUUAAGAAUGAUUGGGAAAAAAUAUGUGCCCAGUGUGUUUUUUUUUUUUUAAGGUCUGGCUAGUACAGUUAUUAUUAACACAUUCCAUGAGGUGAUCAAAAAUAGGACUUCCCUACUCUGCCUAUCAGCUCCGAUCCCCAGGAUAUAUCCACAGGUCCAGAAAAGGUCACUAAAAUAUUAAAUAGAGUGUCCUUGUUUAAAAGGAUUUUAGAAGGGUCAUAUUUAAC